AUGUCGUACAACGUACUCCAUACUCCGUACAAUGAGACAGCUUCCCGUUUGCCACGUGGAGAGGCGCUGGCGUCGCAAGCCGAGGGUCUGUGGCUUGCAGGGUUCCAGGGCCCUAGGCCCGGUCUGGCCAAGGCCAAGACCACCCCAUGCCCCCAAACCCAACCUUUGGUGGCAGAAACAAGGCUCGUGAAUGGACUCCUGCAACUUUUGCUGAGGGAGGGGAAGGGUAGGCGCCGCAAAAAGGCCGAACUAGCCAACGAGCUUACAGGAAAAGAUGCGUCAUCUGUCUCGGAGCCACUCCCGAACGUCAUGUCCGCCGUCGUCUUGUAUUUUUGGACGACCACAUCCCGGCUCUUGCAAACGGCACUGCUCAAGCGAGCUGCUCCAUGCGGCAGCGGUCGUGCGGAUUGA